AUGGCAUCAGCCGCAUCCUUAUUGCUUGACCCGACUUCUGCUGUUAGCUCUUUGGAAAAGAGAGUUGCAACUCGCCCACCCACCAAGAAGGCGAGCUCGGGCUCUUGGCUCCUUCACUUGAUACCUGCAACAUUGCGACCAUAUGCGGACUUGGCUCGUGUCCACAGGAGUAUAGCAUUUUGGCUUGUGGCUUGGCCUCAAUUGUGGGGAAUUGCUUUGGCUACACCGCCUGGUAGGCUUCCGGAUCUGAGCUUGCUGUGGAUGCUUGCUUGGGUUUCCUUCUUCGAGAAAGGGUUGGCCUGCACUAUCGAUGACAUAUUCGAUCGGGAUCUUGAUGCCAAGGAUAAGAAAGACGACGUGAAAGCUGGUGUAAAGUCCGUAGCCUUGAUGUUUGGAGAAUCAACAAAGAGUUGGAUAAGUGGAUUUGGAGUUGCCACCAUUACUUUCUUCCUCCUCACUGGAUACACAGCUGGCUUGGGUUGGCCAUACUAUGCAUUUUUGGCAGUUGCAGCUGCGCAACUAGUGUGGCAGAUUUGGACCCUUGAUAUAUCAAGACCUGAAAACUGCUUCAAAAGGUUUGAAUCAAACCAAUACUUUGGAGCUUUCGUCUUCCUCGGGAUUCUGACCGGAAAACUCGUGCAGUGA